AUGGCAACACUGGGCGUUGGCGAAGUCGUCGAGAAGGAUGGUGCAGGCGGGUCCAGUUCCUCGCCUUCCCUCUCUGGCGAAGCUUCCGUUCGCUUAAAGGAAGAAAUUGCAUCAGAUCUGCAAGGCCAUAAUCCCACAGGCAAUUCCGUGGAUAUUCAGUUAGACUUUGGGAAUGUGACAACCAGAGCACGCACUAGCUGGUGGAAAUUUUGGAUACCAAAUGGGACACCUCCCCCACCACCAGCUUCGUUGGCAGAUGCUCCUCACCGCGUCCAUCGCUUCAAUGCUCACAUACACCUGGGUCACUCCGAUCAUGGCGCGUAUUUCUUUUCAUGGGAUUUGUUCUUGAUGCUGAAGGUGCUGCAGAAACUUGGUUACCAAAGAACUCUUCAGGCGCCUGAUUUAUGGAAGCUCGACCACAGUCACACAACCGCUGUACUGGCGUCUACGUUCGACGAAGCGUGGUCCCGGCGAAAAGCAAGUGCAGAGGAUUGGAACGCGAAACUGAGAAGCGGAAUCAUUGAACCCAACUUCCUCAGACGUCUCUAUUGGUUUAUACGAGCAAUGCGAGCGGGAAAGAAUCAUUCUCAGCGCUACGCGGAAUUAGACGGUUACUGGCGCCAGUUCAGCGCUCGGCAACACCCUAGCAUAUGCCUUGCUUUGAACGAUACGAUUGGUUUUUUCUUCUGGAGCGGAGGAAUGUUCAAGGUUAUAGGCGACACCUCCCAAUUGAUGGGUCCAUUAGUGGUGAAGGCUAUCAUUAAUUUUGCCAAGGACCGGGAAUCUGCGAAGUCUAUAGGUGAAGGAGGCCCCAGUCUCGGCGUCGGAUUCGCAAUGGCAGUCGGAUUGUUUUUACUCACAAUGGGCUCGAGUAUCUGCCAACAUCAAUUUUUCUGGCGUUCCAUGAUUACUGGUGUGCUGACUCGCGCAGCACUCAUUAAAUCCUUGUACAGCCGCGGCAUGAAUAUCACUGGCAAAGCGCGGGUGUCAAUCAGUAAUUCUGACCUCAUGAACCACAUUUCUACCGAUAUCAGUCGAAUUGACAAUUGUGCUCAAUGGUUUCACGCUGGUAAUCCGUCUUCAUUAUCUCUUUCUUCGUCUGAGUACCCACGAACUUUAGCUUGGACCGCACCAAUUCAAAUCAUUGUGUGUCUUAUUGUUCUGCUCUUCCAGCUGGGCCCAUCUGCAUUGGCUGGAUUCGCUCUCUUCGUGAUUAUCGCGCCGAUCCAAGAACGAGCAAUGGCACAACAGUUUCAGAUACGAAAGAGAUCCACGAAAUAUACCGAUGAACGGGCCAAAACAUUGCUUGAAGUUUUAGGUUCCAUGCGCGUCGUAAAGUAUUUCUCUUACGAAGAACCGUUCCUCCAGCGAAUCUUUACCAUCAGAAGAAAUGAGUUGAAAGGUGUCAAAAGUAUCCUCAUUUCCCAAUCUGCAAACGUCGCAAUAGCCUUUUCUAUGCCCGUGCUCGCCGCCACCCUCGCCUUCGUGACUUAUACCCAUGUGACGCGUGGAUUCGACGUCGCGGUCAUCUUCUCGUCACUCAGUCUUUUCAGCCUUCUUCGUCAGCCCAUGAUGUUCCUGCCUCGCGCACUAUCGGCUACUUCGGAUGCGAGAAGCGCCCUCUCCCGACUUCACAAUGUUUUUGAAGCCGAAAUACGAACCGGAGAUGCUCUUGUCGUCGACCUGGAGCUCAAGUGGGCACUGCAAGUGGACCGCGCCACCUUCGAAUGGGAAGAAACAUUAGAGAAGGGAGAUUGUGUGGAUGGGCCUGGCUCCUCUAGCACCCCCUUCCGCGUUCAAAGCGUCGUCAUGCACGUGCAGCGUGGAAGUUUGGUCGCUGUAGUUGGCCAGCGAGAUAAUAUUCUUUUCGGACAAGCCUAUAACAAGGAAAGAUAUUGGCGCGUCAUCGAACAAGCAUCUCUCCUACCGGACCUCGAGGUUCUUCUGGACGGCGACUUGACCGAGAUUGGAGAAAAGGGCGUCAAUCUCAGCGGUGGUCAGAAACAACGUAUAAACAUAGCUCGAGCUCUGUAUUAUGAUGCUGAUAUCGUCAUUCUGGAUGAUCCAUUUUCCGCCGUCGAUGCCCACGUGGGUAAGGCCUUGUUCCAUACCGCCAUUCUCGGAGCGCUUCGCAAUCAGGGAAAGACCAUCAUACUUGUCACGCACGCCUUGCAUUUCCUCUCUUACUGCGAUUACAUCUAUACACUCCAUGAUGGAUCUAUCACGGAACAAGGAACUUAUCCAGAACUUGUUCAGGCCAACGGCGAAUUUGCUAGACUUGAUCGAGAAUUCGGUGGCAACGAUACUGAUCCUCAAGAAGCGUUGCAGACGGCUGUUCCGACUGAAGAUGUAAAAGCAAGCGUCGAAUUGACAAAGCGACGGGCUGCCGGCACAGGCAAACUCGAGGGAAAGCUGAUAGUCAAGGAACAUCGUACCACCGGCUCGAUAUCCGCUAAAGUUUACAAAGCUUAUGUUGACGCCGGACGAGGGGUUUUCACCGCACCACUGCUGAUUAUCGCUUUGCUUCUCAGCCAAGGCAGCCAAAUCACUAGUUCUUACACUCUGGUGUGGUGGCAGGAAAACGCUUUUCACCGUCCGUUUUCGUUUUACCAAACGUUAUAUGCUCUUUUAGGAGUCACUCAGUCCAUCUUUACCUUUGUCCUGGGCCUCUCCAGUGAUAUUUUCUCUUACCUUGUUUCGCAAAACCUCCAUCAUGACGGCGUCUUCAAUAUCUUCCAUGCCCCGAUGUCCUUUUUUGAUACCACUCCUAUGGGCAGGAUCAUUGGCGUGUUCGGCAAAGACAUUGAUAAUAUCGACAAUCAACUCCCAGUGUCGUUACGAAUGCUCAUAUUGACGAUAUCCAAUGUCCUUGGAGCUGUUGUGAUCAUCACUGUGGUAGAGCACUACUUUAUCAUCGUCGCCGUUUUCAUCGCGAUUGGGUACCAGUAUUUUGCUGCGUAUUACAGAGCCAGUGCCCGCGAAGUGAAACGACUAGGCAAGUUCUCCCUUUAUGCGAUCUGGCUCUUUGAUUGUUUCAUUAACACUGGCCAUGAAGGCUCCAUGCUGCGAUCGCUCGUGUAUUCUCAUUUCUCAGAGUCACUAACAGGCCUUCCGACUUUGCGCUCAUAUGGAGAGAUACCCCGCUUUCUCAAAGAAAACGAGUAUUACGUUGACCUGGAAAAUCGAUCUUUGUUUCUGACCGUCACAAACCAGAGAUGGUUGGCUGUUCGCCUGGAUUUUUGUGGUGCAAUUAUGGUCUUCUUUGUCGCCCUCUUUGCGGUCUUCAACUUUUCAGGCACCACGGCUGCUCAAAUCGGUCUAGUUCUGACCUAUACAACCUCCUUGACCCAAGCAUGUGGUAUACUUACGAGACAAACGGCAGAAGUGGAGAACUAUUUGAAUUCAGUAGAAAGAGUCGUAAACUACAGUCAUUCGGAUUCAAUAGAACAAGAAGCAGCAAGCGAAAUUUCAGAAAGCAGACCACCUCCAGAGUGGCCUACUACCGGUGCUAUCGAGUUCAAAGACAUUUCCAUGCGGUAUCGGCCCGGUCUCCCCAACGUUCUGCAUAACAUUUCCCUGUCUAUUAAUGGGGGAGAAAAGAUCGGAAUAGUUGGAAGAACGGGAGCUGGUAAAUCUUCGAUAACAUUAGCCUUGCUUCGCAUCGUCGAGUUCGUGGGGACCAUUACAAUUGAUGGGGUGGAUAUUUCAAAGAUCGGAUUAAAGGAUCUGCGAACCAAAGUUGCCAUCAUUCCUCAAGAUCCCACAAUCUUUAGCGGUACCGUCAGAACGGCUCUUGACCCGUUCUACCGCUAUGACGAUGCACGACUUUGGGACGCCCUGCGUCUUUCUUUCCUUGUUGAGGGGUCAUCUACCGAUCGGAUCACGCUGGACACUCUGAUCGAGGCGGAAGGCUCCAAUCUUAGCGUGGGCCAGAGAUCUUUGCUUAGCCUUGCACGGGCGUUGGUUCGAGAUAAUCGAGUGGUGAUAUUGGAUGAAGCUACCGCCUCUGUUGAUUUAGAGACAGAUAAGAAGAUUCAAUGUACAAUCCAAACCGAAUUCAAGGGCAAAACACUCAUUUGUAUAGCUCACCGUCUCAGAACAAUAUUGACCUAUGAUCGCAUCCUGGUUCUGGAUAGUGGAAACAUAGCAGAAUUUGAUACUCCACUAGCCUUGUACCGAAACGACAAGGGUGCCUUCAGAAGUCUCUGCGAGAAGAGCAACAUCACGGAAAGCGACUUUGGAACUAAGAUGUCUUCAAGGCGUGUAACAGGCAUUUCUUCUUAA